AUGGCUUCCUCUGAGAUGGUCAAAACGCUCGGAGGGAAAUCUUACCGGAUUAAGACCUCAUACCAGCAGAAAGAGCGUACGAUCUUCCAGCCAUUUGUGCAGUCAAAAUGUCGGACCUUCAAGAAGUACAAAGGUGCCGAUCUUGGCCCGAAAGACUUGGAACUACCAAUCAAAUCAUUCAACUGCUUCGGCGACGAGAACUGUCUGUCGUUUCAUGGGAAAUCUCAUUUCGCAACCAAGGAAAACAUGCCUUGGCUUGAUGAUGAGGCAUGGGAUGACCGUCCCGUCUCCAAUAAGUUCAGCACUGUUGGGGAACAGUCUUCCAUCCUGCUACUUGUUGGGCAACUCCCAGAAGAUGGCGCGGUUUUGUUGUACGCUUGCGGAUUUAUGACCAGCUGGGUACAGUCCAGCUUUACAUUCGACCCAAAAGCCAGCGAUAUUCUGGACUCCAGUUUCAGCGAUCAAGUAUCCAGCGGCACCUUCAACCCGAAGGAUUUCUUCCAAGACCCAUCACAUAAAGCUCUACCAAUAACAUUCAAACGAACCUCACUUGAUUAUCUGGUCCCGAGUUUCGUUAUGAACGACGAUGAAGAUGCUUCCAGCCACCACUAUUCAGCACUCGGUCGAAUAACUAAGCUUUUCACAGAGACUUGCGAGUCUCCCAAAAGGUGGGGCGAUUAG